AUGUUUGCAGCAUUAGUCAACAUCAUCAAUGAUGUUGCCCUAGGACCAGAGAAUCGAAAGGUGAAGAAAUAUCUCGAUGACGCUACAUGCGAGUCGGUUGCUCGAGACCUUAGCAAGGUCGAUUUUGAAGCCUUCCAACGCGCAGUCUUGCUCACAGCCUUCCAAUGUGACGGCCUCCUUGGCACCCUGUUACUUGAGUGGUUCUGGCGCAACGAUGCAGCAUUCUUCCGCAGAGCCAAUUUUGAACGCAUGUUCCGAAGCAUUGGGGUCCCAGAGACUACAACUCAGCUAUUAAAUCAGCAAAAUGGUAUGACUUCUGCCUUGAGUGAUGCUAUGGAUGUUUUGAUCAUGGUUGUGCCUCAAUUUAUGCACGCGGCUCCGUCACCAGAACAGCUCGAGGUUGUGGCAUGGAACCUGUUUGCUAGGGAGACUACCUUGACGCAAAGAGAGGUGAAGCGGGAAGUUGUAUCGACCUUGAAGUAUUUGUUGCUGAGAAUAAGAUUGAACAAAGAGAAAUGGAGGUCGUUUUGCCACUUGGGCGAUUUCGUAGAUGCCAGUCCGGCAGACAAAGAGUUGACUGAGGCGUUAGUCAACAGCCUAACAGGGGAUGGCAGCGAGCAGACCGUCACAUCUGACCAGCUUCUUCUAGCAAUAGAUAUAGUACCUAACCUCCAGGCACGAUUCUAUCAGCUAUGGGCUGUCUUGUUCCAACCUUCAGCACCCAUCGCUCAGGCGAAAUUAUCUCGAGCACCUGAAGCUAUGCCAACUCAUAUCAAUGGAGCCGUCUGGGCGAUCUAG